AUCAAAUACGAACACUCAUAAUUCAUUCAUAUCUCCAAACCCUAACCCCCUACAUUCACUCCCAUCAUUUUCAUCUUUUGAUUCAAAGCUGAAUUAUUCUUUCGAAUCAAAGCUGAACUAAAUCAGGCUGCUCUCAAUUUUUUUUUUCUUUUUUUAUUUUUUUUUUUGCGACCCAACAAUGGCGUCUCCAACUCUACGGAAGCUACUAAGAAACCAGUCCGCCUCUAAAAUCUCAACAUUUCUCCGGCAAACCCAUCCACUCACCCAAAUCCCCAAACCAUACGACACUACGCCAUUGUCGAAUCCACCUGAAACAGAUUAUUUAAGAUCGAAUCUUUCUUUAGGCGCACCUGCUUACCCUAGCUUUCCGUUCGGGCUUUUUCUCGGCCCGGUUUCCCAGGGCCCAUCAAUCCGAUCCCAGCCCGACAGCGAAAUGGCUCCUGACGAGUCUAAUAUCAUACGAGCUGAUAGUGUGAAGAAGAAGAGAAAAAAGAAAAUGAACAAGCACAAGCUGAGGAAGCUAAGAAGGCGUCUCAUGAGGAAAACGUAGUUCAAAUUAUUUGGGAUUUAGGAAAGAGAGGUGCCUGAGGAUGAUCCACGGAAGAAGUCAUCGUCAUUUAAUCUACAUUUUGUAUUUUGAACAACUUAUAGAACAAGUUACUUCUUUGCUUUAUGUAUGGUGGAGAAAUCCUGGUUUUGGUGCAUGCGGCUGUAUCUGGGGCUGAAUUUAUGAUGAAGUGCUAAUAAAUUGAAAUCCAUGUUCUUUCUCAUAUUGUUGUUCCUCUUACUACAUUACAUGUUGCCUUUUCAUAUUCUCUCACUGUGGAAUUCACUACUUGCAUUACGCAUUACCGUGGUGUCAUGUACCCGAUAUAGGGUCAAUUGUCUUCAUAUUAGAUUAGUAUUUUAAUUAGUUAUUUUAUAUUAGUUUAUAUUAUGAUAUGUAAUGGACUUGGACUUCAAUUUUUAUAUUAGUAGGCUAAUAUAGUUGGGCUUUUGUAAGGAAAAAAAGUGG